ACGCUCAAACCAUAGUAAAUAAAAAAUAAAAAAUGGCUUCUCUUCGUUUUCCAUUCUUGUUUCCUCAGCCCCACAAGACUCCGUCUUCCGCCACUUCAGAUGCUCCAUCUCGCUCCUUCUCCACCGUCGCUGUCGCCGUCGCGUCCGGAGGUUCAGCCCUCGCUGCCGCCGGAGCGAUCAUUGCCAUAACUCAAAGCCCCAAAAAUCCGUUUCUGGAAAAUGCUAUGAAUUUUCUACUUUCCAAUUUCUCACCUAACAAAAAUCAUUCAUCCCCUUUGUGGGGUUCUGUUUCUCUAGCAGAUAACUCAGCUCCGGUCACUGAAUCGAGGACCGGAAUGGCAUUCCCCUCAAUUCUGAAAGAUACUCAGCGACUCCUUGGAAUUGGGCUGCGUAAAAAGGCGGUUUUUGGAUUGAAAAACAUUGAUGUCUAUGCUUAUGGUGUGUAUGCUGAUGAUGUUGAUGUAAAGAGGUAUCUGGCUGAGAAGCAUGGACGGCGCUCUGUUUCUGAACUGCAGCAAAAGGAAGAGUUGAGAAAUCAUCUCAUGGAAAACAAUAUACGCAUGACUAUCAGGCUUCAAAUAGUCUAUGGCAGGCUAAGCAUUAAUUCUGUGCGCAGUGCUUUCGAAGAAUCUGUUGGCAGCAGAUUACAUAAGUUUGGGGGAUGUGAUAAUAAGGAAUUGCUUCAAAGGUUCACUUCCCAGUUUAAGGAUGAAAUUAAAUUACCUCGGGGAUCUAUCAUUGAACUCUCCAGAGAUCAUGACUACAUACUCCACACAACAAUUGAUGGAAAGGAAGUGGGAAGCAUACAAAGCAAACUCUUAUGCAGAUCAAUCCUAGACCUAUAUAUUGGUGAUGAGUCAUUUGAUCACAAAGCCAAUGAAGAUGUCGAGUCGAACUUGGCUUCUCUACUUCACAAGUAGCUACUUCUUUAGCAUAAAGAGAAUUUUAUCAACACGAGGAAUCAAGUUGUGGUGAUUUAUACUUAACGCAUGUUAGCUUCUAUUGGUUGGAUGAUUCUCUUUAAAUAGUUGAACUAGAGAAUUAAUCUCUUGCAAACUGAACUUAGAUCUAUGUUUUAUAUGCUGAUGAGUGGUUUUCUCUACUCCUGUAAUAUUUUGCUUUGCAAUUUUUAUAGCAUGAUUGAAAUAAGUAUGUUGGCUUGGUUACCAAAUUUCUUUUAUUUACCUCAUUGAAAUGCAUCUUGGAGUGUUUACUGCUAAGGUUGGAGAACAACUUGUAUAACCUAGUAGUGUUUACUACUAAGGUUUCUUAUUAUCAUCUUGUUGUUGUUUA